UUGAUUGGAUGUGUUAAGAAAAACAUAAAUUCUUUGCUUUGUCAACAAACACAUUUGUUAAAUAUCUUUUUUUGCAUCUUUUAUACGGAAAGAUACACUAACUUAUGCUAGUUUUGUGUGAAUUUAACUGUAAAAAACAUAUUUGAAUUUGAUAUAAAAAUAGUAGCCAAUGAGAUUUCUCGUUUUAAGGAAACCGGAAAAAACCGCGAAAGCGUCCAUUGAUUAUGGCGAGAACCUGUUGUGUACUGUUGUUAUUAUUAUUGUUAUGAUUUUUUUGGAUUAUUAACUGUGUUUUCUCAAAAUUUGAGUGUGUAUUCUAAAAUGAAUAAUUCUGUAAUACCGAGUCCUCGUCCAACACCACGAUUUUACCCAGAACCACAAACAUUUUCAACCAAAAAGCUAAAGCCAGCUGGUACACCAAGAGAUCACCUUCCUCCAAGACCACCAGUAAAAAGUUGUCCACCUCUUAGUAGAGUUUUUCCUCGGCGCAAUAUUGCCUCCCUACACGCCCAGCCAGUUUCAUUUAGACACACAGAGAAAACUUUAUUAAGCCCUAGGUACAAUGAGAACUCCAAUGAUCUCUAUUUUGAGCAGAUGUUUGAUGAGUCGACGCCUAUAGGAUAUGGUUCAUUUGGUGAAGUCUUCAAAUGUAAGAGCAAAGAAGAUGGUAAAUAUUACGCUGUAAAGAAAUCCAGGGAACCCUUUAAAGGGCAAUAUGAUAGGAAAAGAAAAAUGGAAGAAGUUGCCAAACAUGAGUCUCUACUACCACACCCUAAUUGUAUAAGAUUUUAUAAGGCUUGGGAAGAAAGAGGACACCUUUAUAUACAAACAGAACUAUGUAAAAUGAGUGUAAGUGAAUUUUGUGGCAUGAAUCAGCACAUAAGUGAAGCACUGAUAUGGAACUACAUGGUGGACCUGUUAAUGGCAUUGAAACAUUUGCAUGACUACAACCUGGUGCAUAUGGAUAUUAAACCAGAGAAUGCCUUUAUAUCAUUUGAUGGCAUAUGUAAACUAGGAGACUUUGGUUUAGUGAUAGAUCUGACAAAACAAACAGACGUAUCUGAUGCUAUAGAAGGGGACCCCAAGUACUUAGCACCAGAAUUAUUGGAGGGAAAGUUUGGCAAACAUGCAGAUAUUUUCUCCCUAGGAAUGUUUAUUCUAGAAAUGUUAACAGAUCUGGACCUUCCAAGGGGUGGUGAUGGUUGGCACAGCCUGCGAACUCAGCAGUUGCCUGCAGAGUUUCUGAAAGAUAGGAGUGAAGAAAUGAACUCUGUUAUAAAAGAAAUGUUAAACCCUGAUUACAAAAGUCGUCCAACUGUUGAUGAGAUACUGGCUAUCCCAGCUGUUCGAACUGUGUUCAAAGCUCGAGUAAAAAGUUACACAUUUCCUAGUAUGAAGAUGACAAGGUCACAAAGACAAAUUCAACUUUCUAGCACUCCCACCAGCAUAGACUCUCCCAUUUUUAAUGGAAUCAUUAGAAAGGAUUUGGAUUCAACAUUUUCUGAUGAUGAAUUAAUGGAAGAUCAUGGACCUCGUAACACUUCAGAUUUACUCAACUCAUCUGAUGAAUUCCUGAUGCCUAGUAAUCCUCCACCUAGACGUGCUUAUACCACACCAGCAGUUCGUAGAAGACCAGCUUCAUCAAAUUUGAAUGGCUCACCCAUAAAAAGACUUUUAUUUACAGACAGCAUUCCUACUACCCCCAGCUUAAGCCAUGGAUCCCCUGUUAGCAGUGAACACCAUAGCACCCCACAUGACCAAGAUGACCGGUCAGGCACCCCUCCUUCUAUUUCAUCUAUUGCAAAAAUGGACUGGGACGAACCAAAGCCUGGUAUUGAACCAAAGAAUCUAUUAAACAUGUUUCAGGAUGCCAGUGAUGAAGAAAAUUAAUUGCACCACUACUUAAAAUAAAGGAUGGAUAUUGUAAGGAAUUUUUUUUUCUAAAUUAAGUGCUUUUGUUUAAUGUAGUUCAGAUCCAGAUUUGAUUUUUUUUUUAAUACGGUAAACUGUGAAUGAGAAUAUUAGCUGAGCAAACAAAUUAAAACUUUAUUGGUUUGGGUUUUUUAAGCAUUUGAUCCUUGUGUUUCAAUGUUUUUUAUUUACUACUUCCUGAUUGUAAAAUGUGCCAGUAGCAGCGUGUGUACAUUUUCUUUUCUGCUUUUGUCUUUCAGAAUUACUAGAGAAAAAAAGAGCAAACUUUUAUGUACUUAAUUUUUAAUGUCAUGAAUGUGUAAUUUCAGUUUACGGUUGUGGGAUUAGCACUUAUCAGACCAAUAGAAUUUCAAUGUUU